AUAAAUUUCAUCGAAUACCACACACCCUUGUACCCCUCGAGUUCUGGGUAGAAAAACCCAAAAAACAAUUGGCCAAAGAGUCGAGAAGAAAAGAAGGAAACCUGCCGUCUCCAUGGAUCAAAUUGCAUGCCGUUUCCGUUAAUAACGUAGUUAAUAUGGUGAACGAUGAAGGCGGCGAGGCAUCCCCGACAGCAAAGCUUGGAGGCUAUGACUUCUAUCGAUCCACCCUCGGAUCUCCGCGCUACGUGGUAGCACCCAUGGUGGACCAAAGCGAACUGGCCUGGCGGAUGCUGUGCCGUCGAUAUGGAGCCCAUCUGUGUUACACCCCGAUGUAUCAUGCCAACCUAUUCGCCACCGAUCCCAAGUACCGGAAGGAUGCUCUGCAAACGUGUGCUGGCGACCGUCCUCUGGUUAUCCAGUUUUGCGGUAACGAUGCCCAACAAAUUUUGGACGCAGCCCUGGCGGCGCAGGAUCACUGCGAUGCGGUGGACAUAAACUUGGGAUGCCCCCAGGCGAUUGCCAAGCGGGGGCACUAUGGAUCCUUUCUCCAGGACGAGUGGGAGCUGCUAACGGAGAUUGUGAGCACGCUCCACAAGAAACUUUCCAUUCCGGUGACCUGCAAUUAUAUUUUUGUUUGAGAUCCUUUUAUAGUAAAGUUAUGGGUAAUACUAAGAAAAUAAAAUAUCCACCACCCUCAA